GCUCCGGAUGGGGUUUGGUCAGGGCUGGGUCUGUGCCCUGAAGGGGAGCUCAGUCCAGCCCAGCUCCCCACUGCUGCCUGGUGUGUGGGGCUUCUCCAGGAGGGGAGUGAGAUCUGAAGACCAGGGUGAAACAUACUUGUAGGUGUUCCUGUGGGACUUUCUUCUCUCUGCAUGAUCUCUGGUGCAGUGGACAGCAGAGGCCCAUCUUUCUACAGGGUGAGGUCUCCGCCCUUUGUGUGUGUUGUCACAGGAAGGGAGUCAGUUUUUUCUAACGUUGAGUCUUAAAUUUUUUUACAUACAGGGUUGAUUUCUAAAGACUCAUAUUACGUGAGGAAGCAGCUCAGAAGAGGCAAGAAAAGAAGCCAGGCAUGGCUCUUCCUCAGGAUCCAUUGACAUUCAGGGAUGUGGCCAUAGAAUUCUCUCAGGAGGAGUGGAAAUGCCUGGACCGUGCUCAGAGGACUUUAUACAGGGACGUGAUGUUGGAGAACUACAGGAACCUGGUCUCCCUGGCUACUUACUUACAGAGUGGCAAGGUCUUUAAUCAGAAGCGACAGCUUGUACGCCAUCGUAGAUUUCAUACUGGAGAGAAACCUUACAAGUGUAAUGAGUGUGGCAAGAACUUCAGUCAGAUGGCAAAUCUUGUAGACCAUCAUAGACUUCAUACUGAAGAGAGACCUUACAAGUGUAAUGUAUGUGGUAAGACCUUCAGUCACACGUCAUACCUUUUUUACCAUCGUAGACAUCAUACUGGAGAGAAACCUUACAAGUGUAAUGAGUGUGGCAACACCUUCAAUCAAAAGUCAUUCCUUACAUACCAUUGUAGACUUCAUACUGGAGAGAAACCUUACAAGUGUAAUGAAUGUGGCAAGGGUUUUAAUAAAAAAGCACACCUUAAAUGUCAUCAUAAAGUUCAUACUGGAGAGAAACCUUACAAGUGUAAUGAGUGUGGCAAGACCUUUACUCAAAUGUCAUCCCUUACAUGCCAUCGUAGACUUCAUACUGGAGAGAAACCUUACAAGUGUAAUGAGUGUGGCAAGAAUUUCCGUCAGUAUUCAGCCCUUGUAAACCAUAAGGCAAUUCAUACUGGAGAGAAACCUUACAAGUGUAAUGAGUGUGGCAAGUCCUUUGUUCGAAAUACAACACUUGUAAAUCAUAAGGUAGUUCAUACUGGAGAGAAACCUUACAAGUGUAAUGAGUGUGGCAAGUGCUUUGGUCGAAAUACAGCCCUUGUAAAUCAUAAGGCAGUUCAUACUGGAGAGAAACCUUACAAGUGUAAUGAGUGUGGCAAGGCCUUCAGUCAGACGUCAUCCCUUACAUACCAUCGUAGACUUCAUACUGGAGAGAAACCUUACAAGUGUAAUGAAUGUGGCAAGGGUUUUAAUCAAAAGGCACACCUUGAAUGUCAUCAUAGAGUUCAUACUGGUGAGAAACCUUACAAGUGUAAUGAGUGUGGCAAGACCUUCAGUAAGAUGGCGAGUCUUGUAGCCCAUCAAAGACUUCAUAGUGGAGAGACACCUUACACGUGUAAUGAGUGUGGCAAGACCUUCAGUCACAUGUCAUCCCUUACAUGCCAUCAUAGACUUCAUACUGGAGAGAAACCUUACAAGUGUAAUGAAUGUGGCAAACAUUUUAAUCAAAAAUCACACCUUGCACCGCAUUAUAGACUUCAUACUGGAGAGAAACCUUACAAAUGUGAAGAAUGUAACAAAGUUUUUAGAAGCAAAACACAACUUGAAAGACAUAGGAGAAUUCAUACUGGAGAGAAACCAUACAAAUGUACGGUUUGUGACAAGGCUUUCGGGCGUAAUUCAACUCUGGCAGAACAUACUAGAAUCCACACAGGAGAAAAACCUUACAAGUGUAAUGAGUGUGGCAAAGCCUUUAGGGGGCAUUCAACACUUAGUCAUCAUAAAUCAAUCCAUGGUAUAGGGAAGCUUUUCUACGGUAAUAAUUGUCAUCAAGUCUUCAGUAAGGCUACAACCAUUGCAAAUCAUUAGAGAAUCCAUAACGAAGAGAGAUCUUUCAAAUGUAAUAAAGGUGGCAAAUUUUUCAGACAUCGUUCAUCCGUUGCAGUUCAUUGACAAACUUAUACUGGAGAGAAACCUUACAAACGUUAUGAUUGUGGCAAGGUCUUCUGUCAAACUUCAUCUUAGGGAAAACAGGAGAAUUCAUAUAGGAGAGAAACCUCACAACUGUUAGGACUGUGGCAAAGCCUUUACGUUCACACCUCAUUAGACAUCAGAGAAUCCACACUGGGCAGAAAUCUUAAAAUUUGAUAAGUGUGGCAAGCUCUUCAGUCCAAGGUCACUUCCUGCAGAACGUUGGAAAAUUCAUUUUUGAGAUAAUUGUUCCAAAUGCAAUGAGUCCAGCAAACCAUGAAGCAUUAAUUGACAUUAGAGUCAAUAUAGCAUUGACGUAAGUUUGAGUUGACUUAACAUUCAGUUCAAUCAUUAAUUGACACUAAAGAGUUUAUAUGAAGAGGAUUCGUCUUGGCAUGUUUGCUCAUGCCUGUAAUCCCAGCACUUUGGGAGGUCAAGAUGGGUAGAUCACUUGAGAUCAAGAGUUUGAGACCAACCUGGCCAACAGAUGUAAGCCUCUUUUCCCAGUUUGGUUUUUGAUUUUUUUUUUUUUUUAACAAAAAUUGAUAGGAAUGUUUAGGGGUAUUGAGCUGAAUCUAAAUCACAUUGGGCUUUAUAAUCAUUUAACAAUAUUAAUUUUUCCAAUAUAUCAAUGAGGGUUGUGGACAGGAAACCCCAUAAAUGCCGAGGCAGGAGUCAGAAGCCUCAGUCUGUUUCCAUAUAAAUAAUGAAGAAGAAAAUAGAGAUAACCGUAGUAGUUACUCAUAGGUGACCUUAGUUAUUCAUAGGUAAUCAUUAAGACAUAUAUAAAUAUGUGUACUCAGCAUAAUCUUUUACUAAUGCGUCUCAGGUCUCGAAGUGUGAAACUAAGGUGACAUUGUGAAAGAAGUGACCCUAAGGCAAGACGCUUUAAGCGCUCUGUCAUGCCCGUGUAAGGGCUGCUGGAGGGCACCUUGGCUAUGCGACAGCACCAGUGCUGGGAAAGUGCCCGCUGUUUAGCAAGCUAUGGAAGAAGAUGUCGGGCAUGUCUUCUUCUUCCCAGGAGCUAGGAGAAAACUCCACUCCCCAGGUUCUUGCGGUGGGUCUGAUGGCUGUCAGGGAGGCCCAUAGACAUCCAGGGGCUUAAGUGUCUCUAUGUGAUGCAAUGCUUCAGUGGUCAUGUUUCAUGUCUACUUUCAUAUUCCACUUCUGGACCUGGUUCCUCUUUUUCUUAGAAGGUAAAAUCAGUAAAAGUAACAUAAAUAUGAA